CGAGCAGCGCAGUCCAGCUCUGCCCCGGAGAGGAUGACAGUGGCGGGAGGAGAGCAGUGAAACAGGGACGAUGGACCAGGCGCAAAAAGACGAGAGAAUGAGGAACAAACUCAAACACGCGCACGCUUUUCGCCGUUGAAUCUGCUGGCGCGUGAGGGUAGUGCGCGAGGACAGGGAAUCCAGCAUGGCUCCAGGGAUUAACCUCUGCUCUCUGUAGAACUACCCAGAAGUUCACGUCCGGGUUUUUUUUUUGCGGAGCAUCUCACAGCCGGGGAAAUUCCACAAUGUAAACGCAUCUGGCUCUUUUCUUUGCAUUUUUUGAUAAACCCUCGGCUUUUGGGCCAUGAACCUUAGAGGAGCUACCAGAACCACGGUUUCCCUCGUUUGGAUUUAGAUCCCUCUUUAUCCUGGACUACAUCACAGGCCUGCAGCGGUGGCCAGUGGUGGUGGCUGUGGCGGUGGUGGCGGGAGGACCUCUCCACCUCGGGAUACAGGGAUAACUUUACAAGAGCGCGCGCCGCCAUGAGGAUAUCCGCCACCUCGUGCAUCUGUCCCUUUCUGGUGUGCCUCUGCUUCUUCCAGAGGUGCUAUGGAGCGAGUCCCCGCGUCCCCUCCAGGGUGCCGUCCAGAAACCAGACCAGACUGGCCAACGGGGAGACGGAGGUGCACCACAGACCUAAGCGUGGCUGGAUCUGGAACCAGUUCUUUGUUUUAGAAGAACACAUGGGACCAAAAGCACAGUAUGUGGGAAAGCUUCACUCGAACUCGGAUAAAGGUGACGGGUCCGUCAGGUACAUCCUGAGCGGCGAGGGAGCCGGGACGAUAUUUGUCAUUGACGAGGUGACAGGAGAUAUUCACGCCACUAAGAGCCUGGACCGGGAAAGGAAAACGCAUUACGUCCUACAUGCACAGGCCCUGGACCGCUACACAGAGGAGGCCCUGGAACCAAAGUCGGAAUUCAUCAUCAAAGUGCAAGACAUCAAUGACAAUGCACCCAGAUUUCCAGAUGGACCCUUUGAGGCGUCGGUGCCGGAGAUGUCUGAAGUGGGCACGUCUGUGUGGCAGGUCGUCGCGCUGGACGCCGACGACCCCACCUACGGGAACAGCGCCAGGAUCGUCUACAGUAUUCUACAAGGACAGCCAUAUUUCUCCGUUGACCCCAAAACAGGAAUCAUCAGGACUGCCUUAGCUGAUAUGGACCGGGAAGCCAGGGAACACUACAUGGUUGUUAUUCAAGCCAAAGACAUGGCAGGCCAGGUCGGGGGCCUCUCCGGCUCCACCACCAUCAACAUCACGCUGACAGACGUCAACGACAACCCACCGCAGUUUCCCCAAAAAAAUUACCAGCUGUACGUCCCUGAAUCUGCUCAAGUAGGGAAACCUGUAGGGAAGAUCAAGGCCAACGAUGAGGACCUCGGCGUCAACGCAGACAUCAAGUACAGCAUCAUUAACUCAGAGGGAGCCAACACGUUCUCCAUAUCCACCGACCGGGACACGAGGGAGGGAAUCCUCAGCCUCAAAAAGCUCCUGAACUACGAGAGGAAGAAGACCUACACGCUCCACAUCGAGGGGACCAACACACAUGUGGAUCCUCGGUUUUCCUUCCUCGGCUCCUUCAAAGACACCGCCACCCUUAAAAUAACUGUUGGGGACGUGGACGAGGCCCCGGUCUUUUCUAUGGAUUAUUACAUCAUGGAUGUGUAUGAGAACGCACCGAGAGGCACGGAGGUGGGCGCCGUCACAGCUCGAGACCCCGACAGCAGGAACAGCCCAGUCAGGUAUUUCAUGGACAGCGAAGAAGAAGGGAAGAGGUACUUCAGAAUCGACGAGAGCACUGGAGUGGUGCGGACCACGCAGCCUCUGGACAGAGAGGAGAUGCCCUGGCACAACAUCACGGUGAUGGCCUCGGAGGUUGACAACCCCAGCCUCCUCAGUCACGUCCCUGUGAACGUCCAGGUCCUGGACGUGAACGACAACCCUCCUGAAAUAGCCACAGACGAGGAGGUCAUCGUGUGUGAGAGCUCGAGGCCGGGACAGGUGAUCCAGACCGUCACCGCGGUGGAUAAGGACGACUUCGCCAACGGACAGCGGUUCAGCUUUGCUCUGCCCAGCCAGCUGCCGGUGAAUCCCAACUUCACCCUGAAGGACAACGAAGACAGCACAGCCAGCAUCAUCGCCAGGCGGAGGCGCUUCAACCACCUGACCCAGGAGCUGUACGAGCUGCCCAUUGUGGUGUGGGACGGGGGGGAGCCGUCGCUGAGCGGAACCAGCACCUUGACCCUGCGGGUGUGCCCGUGCCAGCGCCACGGCAGGAUCCGGAUGUGCCAAGGCGAGGCGUUCCUCUCCUCAGCGGGCCUCAGCACCGGGGCUCUGAUCGCCAUCCUGCUGUGCAUCAUCAUCCUGCUGGCCAUCGUGGUCGUCUUCGUCACCCUGAGGCGGAGCAAGAAGGAGCCUCUGGUCAUCUCCGAGGAGGACAUCCGGGAAAACGUGGUGACCUACGACGACGAGGGCGGGGGGGAGGAGGACACCGAGGCCUUCGACAUCAUCGCCCUCCGCAACCCGGCCGCCGCCGAGGAGCUCAAGUUCCGGCGGGACAUUCGCCCGGAGGCGCGGAAACACUGCGUCCGGCCGCGCAGCCGCCGGAGCCCGUCGGCCGAGCUGGACGAGGUGGACGUGCACAAAUUCAUCAAGCAGAAAUUGGUCGAGGCCGACAUGGACACCAGCGUGCCGCCCUACGACUCGCUCCAGACCUACGCCUACGAGGGUCAGGGGUCGCCCGCGGGCACCGUCAGUCCUCUAGACUCUGCCGGGACUCAAUCGGAGCAGGAUUAUAACUACCUGGACAACUGGGGGCCCGAGUUCCAGAAACUGGCAGAACUCUACGCAGAGGCAGAAUCCGACGUGACCACCUAGUGUGUGAUUUCACUCCCGUUCAAACCAAAUCUGUUUUGAGAUCUGUUUUGCAAAGUUGUCAGUGAACAAUACAAACAAACACGAGAUGCUUUCGAACCGGUCCGGUGGAUUUCUGUCGUUCAGCCGCUCGGUUUUUCCUUUUUGUCGCGUCGUUCAUCUGGAAGCGUUGAGUCAGAUUUUGAAGAUGAAGGAACAACAAUAUGGGGAAAAUUGGAAAAUGAUUUUUUCCUCGGUGUAUAUUUUUUAUUGAUCAAUAAAGU